AUACUCUUCCUCAUGACAGCUCUGUCCAUACACAACAACCUGGAUCUCAGCUAUUUGAAGUCCCCCCUCUCUCUCUUUACACACAAAUAGCCUACUCUCUCCCUCACUCAGACUUUCACUCGCCCAUUCUCUCUCUCUCUCUCUUCAUACUUGGCGGAGCUCAAAAGAAGGGGACAUAACAGAAUGACAGGAGAUGGAUUUUUCAACGAGAUGUGGGGGGAAAGGUGAAAUUAGCAACUCUUAGCCAAUGUUGCCCCUAUGUGAAACGACAACCUUAAUUGUUCAACAGAAUGAAUGAAUAAGAGCGGCGUCUAUCAACAAGGUUUGACUUCUUCUAAAAGCCCCAAUGGAGCAGGAUGUGGAGAGUCCGGCAGUCACCAUCCGAAAGCCCAAGCUACCCAAGCCAUCCCAUGAGGACCUGCCCAAGCAGCUGGUGGAUCAGGUGCGGGCAAAAAGGGAGAUUCAGAGGUACGUCCGUAAGGACGGCAAGUGUAAUGUCCACCAUGGCAACGUCCAGGAGACCUAUCGCUACCUGACAGAUAUCUUCACCACACUGGUGGACCUCAAGUGGAGGUUCAACCUCUUCAUCUUCGUCUUGGUGUACACAGUGACAUGGCUCUUAUUCGGCUUUGCGUGGUGGCUCAUCGCCUAUGUCCGUGGCGACCUGGAACACAUAGGGGACAACCAGUGGACUCCCUGUGUCAAUAACCUCAACGGGUUUGUCUCAGCCUUUCUCUUCUCCAUAGAGACGGAGACCACCAUAGGGUAUGGCUAUAGGGUUAUAACAGACCAAUGCCCAGAGGGGAUCCUUCUGCUGUUGAUUCAGUCGGUGCUGGGGUCCAUAGUUAAUGCCUUCAUGGUGGGCUGCAUGUUUGUUAAGAUCUCGCAGCCCAAGAAGCGGGCGGAGACGUUGGUGUUCUCCACCAAUGCCGUCAUCUCCGUGAGGGACGGCCGGCUGUGCCUGAUGUUCAGGGUGGGGGACCUCCGGAACUCGCACAUCGUGGAGGCCUCCAUCAGAGCCAAGCUGAUCAAGUCCAAGCAGACCAAGGAAGGGGAGUUCAUACCCCUCAACCAGACAGACAUGAACGUGGGUUAUGACACUGGGGACGACAGGCUCUUCCUGGUGUCCCCGCUCAUCAUCUGCCAUGAGAUCAACCAGAACAGCCCCUUCUGGGAGAUCUCCCAGGCCCACCUUGACAAAGAGGACCUGGAGAUCGUGGUCAUUCUGGAGGGCAUGGUGGAGGCUACAGGGAUGACUUGCCAGGCCAGGAGUUCGUAUGUGACCAGCGAGAUAAAGUGGGGCUAUCGCUUCAUGCCGGUGCUCACCCUGGAGGAUGGCUUUUACGAGGUAGACUACAACAGCUUCCACGACAUCCACGAGACCAACACCCCCAGCUGCAGCGCCAGAGAGCUGGCUGAGAUGAAUUGCCACGUCCGCCUGCCCUUCACCUGGUCCGUGGCCAGCAAGCUCAGCCAGCAGGGGGUACUGGAGCCCGAGGGCCGCGAGAAGAAGAGUACUACCCUGGUCACCCAGGAAGAGGGGCUGGAGGAGCAGACAGAGAAGAACGGUGACAUUGCUAAUAUAGAGAGCGAGUCCAAAGUGUAGAGGGGAGAGAGAAAACCUAGGGCCAGAGGGGCUGUGUGAGGCUUACUGUGGUGUCUCUACUCCUCAUGGCUGUCUGACCAGGUGAGCUGGUCCCAGGUCAAAGGUCAGGGGUCGGGGCCAAGGCAGAAAAGGGGAGAACCUGAGUACAAGGACGGUCUGGUACGAGGAGCCCUCCAACAAGGACAGCUUUGGCCCUAAACAGGUAAUUUGCCCCCCAAGGAUAGCUGGUAAAUGACAAUGGCUGGACUGGAAAGCUCUGCAAUUGCAUGUUUUGAUAACAUUGUUUUUUUCUUGAAGAUAUAAAUUAAUAUUAUUUAGUUUUUUUUUUCAAAGAUUAAAACCUAUACAUAUAAACAUAUAUAUUCUAUGAUAUUUGUAUUUGUAUUUUUUGUAUAUACUAUUUGUUAUGUUGCCAAAGUGUGAAUAUUUGACAGGAAGAUGUUUGAUAAUGAUUAAUUUAGACCAGGUCUGUACAUAUUAUAUGCCUUAUGUACAAAGCUUUCAUUACAUUAGGGUUUUCAGAAAUAUAUAAGCAUGUACAAAAACUCACUGUAGUUAAUUUAUUCUAUAUUGUGUACAUACGAGAAUCAUGGCGAUUGUAAUAGUCAAGACAAAAUAACUCUUAUUAAUAAUUCUGGAUGCAAGCCCUAUAGAUUAUUCAGCCUGGCCUAAUGAGCUAGUUACUUUAAACAGAAACGAAAGUAGGGAGCUUGGUCGGGGUAGGCAUAAUCCGUGACCGUCUAGGAAUCCAAAGGUUGCGUGUUCGAGUCGCGUCUGGGACAACUGUAGCAUUUUAUCUAAAACUUCCCCUAACCCUUAUUCUAAACUUAACCCAAUUCACCUGACCUGCUAUGUAAAUGUACCUAACCUUUGUUGUUUUAGUUCUAACCUUUUAUGUAAAUGUCCUAAGCUUGUUAGUUCCCCUAACUGCCAACAUAAAUUCUCCCCAUAAUUCUCCUAUGUUGUUACUGGUGCAACAAGCAACCUGGUCUCAGAGAAAGACGUCAUCCAAGAUACGUUAUCCAAGAUACGUUAUCCAAGAUGUAUAAUAAAUUACAUAAUCCAAUUUGUAUGCUAGACAUGAGUGUAGGCUACUGUAUGUCAGCUGAGGAUAUAGAGGUUGCCAUGGGGAUGAGGUGGUCUAGUUAUGCCACAGGCCGCAGGCCAGAGUAAGUGUAGUGGAUAGCCACCCAGUGGAAAGUUCCUUGUAGGCCCUCUAGUUACUGGCAUGUUAGGGGUUUUAUCAUAUAAUGAUGGUAUUGCGUAGAGUCUCACUAAAAGUAUAACUAAGGCAAUGUAAACAUACAGUCAGGUCCAUAAUUAUUUUCACCCUUGAUAAAGGUGAGCAAAAUAAAUCAUUUUUAUUAAAAUAAAUACAAAUACUGAGAUACAGUAUAGUGUAUGCUCCACAAAAUUGGUAAAUUAUAUUAUUUUAUACUAAUACAGUUGCUCAGAGAAAGAGAUUUUAUUUAACAUGUAAUACAAAAAUCUAAAAAAGAUACGGGUAAAAAUUAUUGGCACGACACUGAGCGUUUUUCUAAAAUGUUUUAUGAAAAUGUUGUGGUCAAUUAACCAUUUCCUUGUGGAUUUUGAUGUGUGCU